AUGAGUAACAAUAAUCAUAAUCCGAGGAAGAAGAAUUUCCAGAUAGAGGCGUUCAAGCACCGGGUCGUGGUUGAUCCGAAAUACGCCGAUCGUACCUGGAAGAUUCUCGAGCAUGCAAUCGCCGAAAUCUACAAUCACAACGCAAGCGGACUCAGCUUCGAAGAGCUUUACAGAAACGCAUACAAUUUGGUUCUGCAUAAAUUCGGAGAAAAGCUUUACUCAGGACUCGUCACCGCCAUGACUGCUCAUCUCAAGGAGAUAUGCAACUCCAUCGAAUCAGCUCAAGGAGAUUCGUUCUUAGAAAUGAUCAACAGGAAAUGGAACGAUCACAACAAAGCCCUGCACAUGAUAAGAGACAUCGUCAUGUACAUGGACCGUACCUACGUCUCCAGCACCAAGAAAACGCCUGUUCACGAGCUCGGGCUCAACCUCUGGAGAGAUCACAUUGUUCAAUCAAGUAAGAUCCAGACUCGGCUUAGAAACACUCUUCUUGAAUUAGUACGCAAGGAGAGAUUAGGUGAAGUCGUUGACAGGUUGUUGAUGAGGAAUGUGAUCAAGAUGUUGAUGGAGUUAGGUGAGUUAGUGUAUUUAGAGGAUUUCGAGAAGCCGUUCUUGGAUGCUUCUGCUGAGUUUUACAAAGGAGAGUCACAGAGGUUUGUUGAGUCUUGCGACUGUGGUGAUUACUUGAAGAAAGCAGAGAAGCCUUUAGCUGAAGAAGUCGAAAGAGUCGCUCACUAUCUUGACGAGAAGACGGAAGCAAAGAUCACUAGUGUGGUUGAAAGAGAGAUGAUUUCGAAUCACAUACAGAGGCUUGUUCACAUGGAGAAUUCAGGUCUUGUGAAGAUGCUUGUGGAAGAUAAGUUUGAGGAUUUGAGUAGAAUGUAUACUUUGUUCGGGAGAGUUGAGAAAGGUCUUGCUACAGUGAGAGAUGUUAUGACUCUGCAUCUUAGAGAGAUGGGGAAACAGAUUGUUACUGAUCCAGAGAAGUCAAAAGAUCCGGUUGAGUUCGUGCAGAGAUUGUUAAACGAGAGAGAUAAGUACGACGAGAUCAUCACCAAGUCGUUUAACAACGACAAGACGUUCCAGAACUUGCUGGUUUCUUCGUUUGAGUUCUUCAUCAACUUGAACAACCGUUCUCCUGAGUUUAUCUCUCUCUUCGUUGACGACAAGAUGAGAAAAGGAGUCAAAGGCUCUGGUGAAGAAGAGCUUGAGGUUGUUUUCGAGAAAGUGAUGAUCUUGUUCCGUUACUUGCACGAGAAGGACGUUUUCGAGAAGUACUACAAGCAGCAUUUAGCGAAACGGCUUUUAUCCGGGAGAACGGUUUCAGACGACGCGGAGAGGAGUCUGAUUGUGAAGCUGAAGACGGAGUGUGGUUAUCAGUUCACUUCAAAGCUUGAAGGAAUGUUCACUGACAUGAAAACAUCACAAGACACUGUGAAAGGCUUCUACAACACCCACCCUGAGCUAUCGGAAGGGACGACGAUCUCCGUUCAGAUCCUCACGACGGGUUUUUGGCCGGCGCAACCGACGGUGCCGUGUAACUUGCCGGCGGAGGUUUCUGUGCUCUGUGAGAAGUUUAAGUCACAUUACUUAGGGACGCAUAACGGGAGGAGACUGUCUUGGCAGACGAAUAUGGGAACAGCUGAUGUGAAAGCAACGUUUGGUAAAUCUCAGAGGCACGAGCUAAACGUGUCGACUUUCCAAAUGUGUGUUCUUAUGCUUUUCAACGGCUCUGAUAGGCUUAGUUAUAAGGAGAUCGAGCAAGCGACGGAGAUUCCGCGUUCGGAUUUAAAGCGCUGCUUGCAGUCGAUGGCGUGCGUGAAAGGCAAAAACGUGUUGAGGAAAGAGCCGUUGAGUAGGGAGAUUGGAGAGGAGGAUUGUUUUGUUGUGAACGAGAAGUUUGUGAGUAAGUUUUAUAAAGUGAAGAUUGGGACUGUGGUGGCGCAGAAGGAGACGGAGACGGAGAAGUUUGAGACGAGGCAUAGAGUUGAGGAGGAUCGGAAGCCGCAGAUUGAAGCGGCGGUCGUGAGGAUUAUGAAGUCGAGGAAAGUGUUGGAUCAUAAUAAUGUGAUUGCGGAGGUUACGAAAAUGUUGCAGGGGAGGUUCUUGGCGAAUCCGGCGGAGAUCAAGAAGAGGAUUGAGUCGCUUAUUGAACCCAAGAAGCUUGAUCUCGCCGAUAACAAGCUUCUCAUCCGCAAAGCUGCAGAAAUCCGUCGUCUAUGCGAUGUCCAAUUCGAUUCCUCCAUCAUCGGCGUCGGAGAGAUCUGUAAAGCUGUUAUAUGUCUGGAGAUGGCAGCAUCUAGGAUUAAGCUUAAUGUGAAAGAAUUAGCGAUUCAAUUUGGAUGCGUUAGGAUAAUCACAACUGUGCAGAAAAGCUUAUCAGCGUAUAAGGAGCGGUUUCUUGCAUCACUGCCUGUAUCAAGAAGAGCAAAUACUGAUUUCACUAGACCUGUAUUUACUGCUGCUGCUUUCUUUUUGUGUGCCAGAAAACAAAAGCUAAAGGUAGAUAAGCAUAGAUUGAUUGAGGUUUGUGGGACAUCAGAAUCAGAAUUCUCAUGUGUCUUGACCUCUAUGAUGGACCUUUGCUUUGAGUUUUUUGGUGUAUCAAAGGAAAAGAAAGAUCCAAAGGAAUUAAAUUCAGGUCAAGGUUUGGUUGAUGUGUUACCUAAAAAGAGGAGGCAUGAUGAUUCAUCUGAUGAUGAGCCGUCAUGUUACAAAAGAGAGAAGAAGAUGGAGGAAACUAAGUUGGAGACACAACAAGAGUUGAAAGUUUUGGCAUAG